AUUAAAGUAUCAAUGAUUUAUAGCAUAGUAAGAGUGCUCCCCUAUAAUAGGUUAUCGAUAGAUGAUGUUUUACUUUGGGGUUAGUGUCUAAUUAUAAGUUAGGCUUGGUUUUGAUUUUGGACUUUUGGUGAUAGUCUUGAAAUUGUUACAAUGUGUGCAUAGUUAAUAAUGCAUCAAUUUUUUAUAUUUAUAGUUGGUUUAAUAUUUUCAUUUGGCCCGAACUUUAUACUAAUUUACGAUCGUGACCAAUCUUUUCAUAAACUCUUAUCAUGGCCUAAACUGUCACCCAAAAUGGUUGAUUUGACCUAAAUCGAGUGUUAACUAUUAAGUUGCACGGCCGACAUCGUCGAAUAACGUUCAGGCUGCUAUGUCACUGUCUUAUCAACAUAAACCAGCUUUAAAAAUUCAUAAUUUAUAUAUACUCUAAUUUUAAAAUUUUAUUAAUUUUGACCUAAGAAAAUUAAAAUGAAAAUGAAAAAAAUAAUCCGAUCUCUAUCAAAUCUUCACUGACAGAACUCUAAUCCUUCCCCCGAUGAAUGUGCAGCGACUCCCAUUCGUGAAAAUUUUGAUCUCUAAAUUCAUACAAGAAAUUAGAGAUUAGAGAAGAAUGUUGUAAGGGGAAUUUUAUACAAUAGAUGGCUUGAUUAUCAUGCUUACAAAUCUUGAUCUCUAAAUUCAUUCUUGAAGUUCUAUAAAUUCAAUCAUGAAUCUUUUAAUUAUGGUGGUGAUAAUUUUCAGGAGGCAGGCCUAGUCGGUAUAUCUUAUCAUUAUUAGGGUGUGAAUCGUACGAAUAGUAUUAUAUUAUAUUAUGAGUAUUGUUAUGUAAAUUAAUAAAUUUAUAUUUUUUAUCAGAUUUAUAAAAGUUAAGUAUUUUUCAUAUUUAUAUUAGAAUUAUUAUAAAAAUCUGUCAUCGUUCAAUUAAUGCACAAUAUUUUUCACUGAAUUCUGAUUUCUCAACAAUCAAAAUAUGCUAGUUGAGUAGUUGUACUGGGAAUUGUGGAUGAUUCAAUAGGAAUUUUUUUGAUAAUUUACAUGCUUUCUUACAAAUUUGAUUUAGAACUGCCACACAUGACCUAAUCACAUUUGACUAAUAUUUCACAAUAUUACGAUGCAUUGGUUUUGAUGAUAUUUAAAUAGAUGCAUAGUUAUGAAUGUAUGCAUAAUAAGUUAUUGUGUUAUUUAAAUAAGUUAUCUUACUUUUUGGGUGAAAUGUCAAUUUUACCCUUUAUUUGUAAUAUAAAAAGCAAGACACAUAAAAAGGUAGGGACAAAGUUGGAAGAAAAAAACACACAACAAUCUCAAUAAAAAAAUCUCAACAAUCUCACUCAAAAUUUGAGAUUUAACUAUCAGUCAUUUUGAGUGAUAGUUUGUGUCAUUUUAAGCAAACAAUGCAUGCAUUGUUUGUGCAGAAAAUUAAAAAAAAAACGAUGCAUUGUGGACAAUACAUGUAUCGUAAGUCGUAACUAUCUCAACCAAACAAUCAUCAAAAUCAAACGACCCGUAAAUAUAAUGUUACUCAUGUCGAUUAAAUUUUUAUAUGAGAAGGGUUAGCUAGCGUCGAUGUGACAUUAUCAGCAUCAUAACCGAAUGCAAUGUGCAAUGUAUGUUUAUACAACACAAUACUACUAGAAAUUCUACAAGAAAUUCGUCAACUUUUGGAGGCUAAUGCUGGUUAUAGUGUAGAAUUUGUAGGUAGUCAGAACAAUAGGAUGACCCACUUGAUGGCCAAAAAGGCUCUGGAUUUGUUUACUACGGGAGUGUUGGGUUUGACAUCCGGGCAUGGCUGGGCUCGAAAGUCAGUUUGAUGUAACUUUUUUUCUUGGUAAUGCAAGCGAUCACUUUCUAAAAAAAACACAAUAAUACUAUUGUUUUCAAUCUAAUUUAACUUGGAAUAUAAAAUAUUCAUAUCGGAAAAAACAUUUAAGACAAGAAAAUAUUUAGGGGUCGUUUGGAUCUGGGAUUUAGGAGCAGUAUUUUGUUAAAAUCUCUCAUCCUGCAGGAUUUUGGCAGAAUUAUGCGUUUGGGAAUAUGAGGGAUUAUGAGUGAAAGAGAUUUUAAAAUUCCUCAUAUCCAGGUUUUUUAAAUAGCUGAUGGACCCCAAAUAUUUUAAAAUCUCUCAUUUCUGUUUUUAUUCUUCCAACCUUAUCCUUCCCUUCUUCCUGAUGGUCAUCGUUCCUCCCAAAGCUUUUAUUCCGCCGCCGACUAAUCAAUUCACAGUAGCCAGCGUUACAAGACGACAGGACUUAGCGAGCUUCCCAGUGGCUCAUCUGAAUCGUACGAUGGCCGCGAUUCCUUCCUAAGCUGUUACUCCGCCGUCGACCAAUCAAUUCUCAGGGCUGGUGUUACAGAACGUGCGGCGGCGACGAUUACUCUCCAACAGGGCAAAAGCCCACACACCCAUCAGUCAUCGAUUUUGCUACUACCAGUAACAGCAGCCAUAGGUUGAUGACGAUGAUGAUAUAUGCGGCGCGGGGGAUGAUAAAUGGGGAUUGGGAUCUGGAUCGACAAUUGAGUUAUGUGGAUUAAGAUUGGGGAUGGCCGAUUGGAAAGAGUAUAGAGAGGAGAGAAAAAAGGGGAUUCUUCUUCGUUUGACGGCCUGGGGAGAACGACGAUGGCGAUUGACGAAGAAGAACAAGUUGCUGAUUUUUCAACUUGGAAAACGAAGCAUCAGUUCAAAUCUGGCUGGGUUUCUGGGUUGCGAUGAAGAAAGAAAUUAGGAAGAAGAGGUUGACGGCAAAAUUGUAAUUUCGUUUUAUCAUUGAAAAUCCUUAAUUAUAAACAAACAAGUUAUUGGUUUAAAUCUCUCAUUUAAAUUUCCUGGGUUUUUAAAUAAGGAAUUUGGACACAAAUUCCUCGUAAUCCAAGUUCCUAAUUCAAACGACCCCUUACAGUUUUUAAGAUGGGACAUAACGUUGUUCGUGAUCUAACCACUUCCCAGUACCCACAGCCCACACAAUCACCAUUUCUCAUUAUUCACAAGAUGAAAAAUUGAAACUUCCCUCCAUGUCUCAAUAAUUCAAUGCUCCACAAAUCCUCCCAUAAAAAAAAAUACGGCUAGUUUCAAAACACCAAAAAAUAAAUACUUGUCACUGAAUCAUUUAUUUCAAUUAUUCGGUUCAAUUUCUAGUUUUAACGAAAUUUAUCUUUCUUUCUUUUUACUCCUAGAAUUGAAUGUACUAUUUUCCCUCCCAAAAAUUCUGUGUCCAAACUCACGCGCCCAAUUUACCUAGCUGUCAAGAAUUCGCAACGUUCACUGGGUGGAAAGUGAGGAAGUGGAGCCCACGUGAAAAUAUGAGUUUCAACUAUUCAAAGUAUUAUGGCUCAUGGAUAUCUCUCAUAAGUUGUCUAUGUGGUUCCUAAUUAAAAUAGUUGAGGUUUGAUUGAAUAAAAAUAUACUUGCAAGUCUUACGCUCUGUUUGGCAGCAGGGGUGCAAAUUGUAGGAGGGUGCAAGUUGAGAAGUAAAUUGCUGGGGGUGCAAAUUGCUUGGGGUGUAAGUGGAGGGGUAAAUUGUUGUUUGGAUGAAAAAAUAAGGGGAUGCAAAUAGAGUGAAAAGUAAGUAACUAUAUUAUUUUAAAAUAGAUUUUAAAAUUAUAAAAUAUUAUCAUAAAAUAAUAAAAUAAAUAUUACUAUGUAAUAAUAAAUAUACUUUACUAAAAAUAGUUUUUAUAUAAUAAUGCUCAAUUAAUAAUUAAUUAUAACAAUUGUA